UGCUUUGUGUGCGGAUGUGUGUGUCAGGAGUUCAUUGGUUAUCUGGUGGAUUAUGUCGCUACUCGCUUCUUGCCACUUGCCACGCGUUGCUGUUACUGCGUGGUGUUUCAUUAGCAUUUUUAAAUUAACGGUGUAAACGUUGACAACGAACCGAGAAACGUAAUUUUUUUUUUUUAAAUCAUCCUAACAUUUUUACAGCCUAAAAUUUUCCGAGGUGUGUCCGUGCAAAUGUGAACAUCACGGCAUAGAAAUCGUGCGACUUAGUUGCAGUCAAUUAUAUCCUGAAUCAUGUCGCAAUACGAGGACGUCAUUCUGGAGGCCAAAGAAAAGGAGGAAUGUUUGGCAGGAGACUUAGGAAUACGACAUCGUAUUCCUUGGAGCGAUCGUGUAUUGCUAGCUAGUGAAAUACCUGGUUUACAUGAAGUUAAAGAAUUAUUAGAUGACGAUGAUGCAAGUUGUUUGGCAGAAGAAGAAGAUGGAGUCGGAUGUCCCUUGCCUUCAACUCCAGAAGAUGAUCAUCUCCUGGAUUGUGAGAUGACCGAAGUAUUGAAAGCAGGUGUAUUAAGUGAUGAAAUUGAUCUAGGUGCAUUAGCUCAUAAUGCAGCAGAACAGGCAGAAGAAUUUGUUCGAAAGGUAUGGGAAGCGUCAUGGAAACAAUGUCAUUUUAGAAAUUUGCCAAGAUGGUUGCAAGAUAAUGAUUUCUUACAUGCUGGCCAUAGGCCACCACUACCUUCGUUUUAUGCGUGUUUUAAAAGUAUUUUUCGAAUUCAUACAGAAACUGGUAAUAUUUGGACACAUUUAUUAGGCUGUGUUGCCUUUAUUGGUAUAGCUAUAUUUUUUCUAACACAACCUCCUAUAGAAAUUCAAUUAGAAGAAAAAUUGGUAUUUGGUACCUUCUUUGCUGGUGCUAUAAUUUGUCUAGGAAUGUCAUUUGCCUUUCACACAGUUCAUUGCCACAGCGAAUGUGUUGGAAAGCUAUUUUCAAAAUUAGAUUAUUGUGGGAUAGCUAUGCUUAUUAUGGGUAGUUUUGUACCAUGGCUUUAUUAUGGAUUUUAUUGUGAUUACCAACCUAAACUAAUUUAUUUAUCUGUGACGGUUGUCCUUGGUAUAACUAGCAUUGUAGUAUCAUUGUGGGGACGGUUUGGCGAACCAAAUUAUCGUCCACUCAGAGCUGGAGUUUUUAUGGGAUUUGGGCUUAGUGGGGUAAUACCAGCAGUACAUUAUUCCGUUGCUGAAGGUUGGUUCAAGGCAAUUAGCCAAGCAUCCCUUGGAUGGUUAAUAUUAAUGGGCUGUUUGUAUAUAUUAGGUGCAUUAUUCUAUGCUUUAAGAGUACCUGAACGUUUUUUCCCAGGAAAAUUUGAUAUUUGGUUUCAGAGUCAUCAAAUCUUCCAUGUACUAGUAAUUGCUGCGGCUUUUGUACAUUAUCACGGUAUUACAGAAAUGGCAAUGCAUAGAAUGACAAUAGGCGACUGCACAAAUCCGUCGCAGGUGUUAGCUUUUUAAAUUUGCAUAUACUUCAUUUUGUUGAUAACUUUCAUGUCAAUCUAUAAAAGACUACAAGAAUUUCCUAAAUCUUAUGCCAGUGGAUCUGUGCUGUUGAAAGAUAUGGUAAAUGUAUAAAAUAUAAAAUGGAUAUAAUUUCAA